GAAAAUGAAAGUAGGUAGGAGAGAGAGAGAGAGAGAGAGAGAGAGCCAAUGAAUGACAUGCUCUCAUCAGCUUUUCUCUGGCAUCUCUGGUUGCAGCCUGCUUAAGGAAGAAGGAGAAGAAGAGGAAAGCUCCUGCUUCACACUACCCUGUGAAAAAGGUGUGUGUGUGUGUUGAAUGUGUGUGGGAAUGGACUCGGGAACUGGUCUUGAUCAUGCUGUGUUUCACCUCACCCCGACUCGGACCAGAUGUGAUCUGGUGAUCUUCUGUGGAGGCACCCAAGAGAAGCUGGCUUCUGGGCUGUUCCAACCCUUCGUCUCCCACCUCAAAUUCGUGAAAGACGAGAUUUCCAAAGGUGGGUAUUCGAUCACUCUUCGCCCACCCGCCAAAGAUCUCUCCUGGUUCACCAAAUCCACCUUCGAGAGAUUUGUGCGCUUUGUUAGCACACCGGAAAUUCUUGAGCGUUUUAUUAGCCUGGAGAAGGAGAUUGGACAAAUUGAGAGUUCACUUCAAGAUUAUGACCUGGAUGUUGCGACUGUAGCUGGACAAGGAGAUGAAGGAAGCCCUCCAGCUGCGAAUUUAAGCAUAGUGAAGUUGCCUGAUUCUUCUAAGCUACAGAGUGAAACUGUUGAAGAAAAUAAUCAUCCACAAGAGGAAAACUCGAGGCUUCGUCUUCAACACCUUCUGGAAUCUCGGAAGGCAAUGCUCCUUAAAUCACAAGCGAUGGCAUAUGCUCGUGGACGAGCUGCUGGAUUUGAUAUGGACGAUAUGGAUGAACUUAUUUCUUUCGCAGAUGCGUUUGGAGCAUCACGUUUAAGAGAAGCAUGCCUUGAAUUUAAGAAAUUAUGCGAGAAAAAGCAAGCAGAUGUUCCUUGGAUGGAAGAACUAUCUGCAAUGGAGGCAUACGUAUCAUCAAACCUGUCAUUUCCUGCAAAUUCUGGGAUUAUGCUUGCUAAUGAAAUGAGUGCUCCUGGUCAAGGUGUCACUUUGCACUAUCCAAGCGGAGAUGGCUCCAAUGACACUGUUGCGGCAAAUGGGUUUCCUGGUGAACCAAAUGUUGAAAACGGGAAAGAUGAUAAUGUUUCUUCAACUCCAUCUGCCAAAGCUCAAAUGCAAAUUCCAUGGCCACAUCAGUUUCCUCCAUACAUGUACCCUAUUCAGCAAAUGCCUCCAUAUCCCGGAUAUCCUUUCCCUGUUAUGCAGUCUGGUCUUCCUAACAAUCCAAAUGGCAACAACCAAUGGCCUUUCAAUUCAGAAGCAUCGUAUCCUGAUAUGAAACGGGAGAAGAAAAACGUUUCCAAGUCAUCCUCAGAGAGGAAGAAGAAAACUUCACAUAAAGAAGAAGACGAAUAUUCUGAAGAAGAAACCCACUCCAGCAACUCUGACAGUGGGGAGGACUCCGGAGAAUCUGAUACAACUUCAGUACGGGAGAGGAGGCAUUCCUCUGCAGGGAGUACCCAUCGUCGAAAACACAAGAAGAAAUCCUCUCGGACAGUCGUCAUCCGUAAUAUUAACUACAUUUCAUCAAAGGGAAAAGAAGGAGACCCAGAUGGGGACUCUGCCGAAUAUUCUUCUAUCGAGGAUGAGUUGAUUGAUGGAGAUACUUUGAAACAGAGCGUCGAGGAUGUUGUUGAAUCCUUGAAGAAGAACCGUAAGACCAAGCAGCAUACUCACGGUAAAAAGGACAGAAACGACCAGAUUCUUGGGAAUGGUACAGUGGAUGCUGAGGAUAACGAUCAUGUGGACAACCAAUCUCCUCUGGGGAAUAAGACAAAUGACAACUGGGGUGCUUUUCAGACUCUUCUUAUGACAUCCACAGACAAAACUGACCAACCACCGUACUCUAUGGAUGAGCAAUCAAUGCUCAGAAGCUUCGAGAAUGAAUCUUCUUAUAUGACUGAACAGACUGUAGAACUGGGAAAAGAGAAAGUGGGAAUAAAACUGAAAGCUUCAGAGGAUUCGUUUUUAGCAACUAAGGAUAGGCGAGGGAUGGAUGGUAGUGUGAUCAACUCGAUGGAUUUUGGUAGUGUGGAGAAUCUCCGUCCAGGUUUGAAGAGGGCUGAUUGUGGUAAUGAGGUAAUGUUAAUCUCAGGAAGAACUGAGGAAUAUGGAAAGAUGCUGAAUCACACACCUGCUGGCGAUGUAGACACAUCUUUAACCAGAAUGAGGAAGGGUGAAGAUUCCUUUAUCGUGAACAUGAGGCCAUUACAAAGCGGAGAUGCAACUCUCAAAGAAAUGAUAUUUGACGGCAACUAUGCAUCCAUGGAGAAUCAAUCCGUCAGGCCUGGGAGAGGUAAAGAAGAUAUUGUCGUUGACGAUUCUAUCAUGAUACAAUCUCGGCCAACAGUCGAUGAGCCAUACAAUGAUUUCCACUUGACAAGAGACAUCAGCAUGGUUGCCGAGUUUACUUCCACCAUCCAACAUGAAAAUGGCACAUUAGAUAAUUCAGAAGAUAAGCGUGGCUUAUCAAAAUCCUAUGAGCCUGAUGAUCUUUUCAUGAUGCUCGAUAGGGACUCUGAAGUGGAUCCUGGCAAGCAGUCUUGGUCUAUGGACUCUGCAAUCAAUAUUUCGCUUGCAGAAGCUGAAAGGUUCUCUAGAAAUGAAGCAUGCGAUAACACUAAUGACAAGAAUGCUUUGGAUGGGGACACCAACUCUGGGAACAAAGAAGUCCAGGCAAAGAAAGAACCGGGUAAGGAUGCGAAAUCCAAAGUUGUACAGAGAACCAUCGGAAGGAGCAGACCUGACCUGACCAGUAAAACCAGGAAACCGAGUACUAUUACUCGACCAACUGUUCAAAAGAGCAAAUUGGAAAAGGAGGAAGAGACUCGGAAGAAGAUGGAAGAAUUGUUGAUUCAGCGCCAAAAAAGAAUCGCCGAAAGAACUGCCACGAGUGGAUUAACUUCAGCGGGUUCCAAGAAGUCACCUGCUGAUAGCAAAACCGCGAAAACGCCCACCAAGGUCGACAAGACUAAGUCUCCAUCCACAGGCAGGGUGAUAAAUAAAGUAAAUUCUCAGAACCGAGCCGUGCGUGUUUAGCCAUUCAUGGCUGCCUUGCCAGAAAGAGGAUAGAAUGUCUGAUCAGGACACAAAUUCAUUUGGUAUUUAGCUAAGCUUGUUGUGAUUCUUUAUUACGUGCAGAUAAGCACACUGUAUAAUCUAUACUAAUAAUCGUGGUUUUCAAACUAUUGGUGGUCACAUUGAGUUUAAUAAUAGGCAUGGAAACUUUACUUGGGGCUGUAAUGUAUGGUGGAAGUAUAUUUUAUGUAUUUUUUUUAUUUUUGGGUUUGUGUA